AUGCCAUCCUCCGGCUCCUCCUCCGCAGCCGCCGCCCAGGCUGUCAACCAAGGGCUCGACGCCUUGCCUGCGCCUCUCGCCGACAAGCUCCCGCGCGUGCCCGACAGCAACACCAAGGACCUGGGCGAGGCGAAAGCCGCCGCCUCGUCCAGCCUCCUGUCCCAGCUGCGCGCCCUCGGUGCCGGCGGCUUCGGCGGCCUCUGCGCCGUCGUCGUCGGCCAUCCCUUUGACCUCGUCAAAGUCCGCCUGCAGACGGCCGAGCGCGGCGUCUACUCAUCUGCCAUUGAUGUCGUCCGCAAGAGCGUCGCCCGCGAUGGCCUGCGCAGAGGCCUCUAUGCCGGCGUGAGCGCGCCCCUCAUCGGCGUCACGCCAAUGUUCGCCGUCUCCUUCUGGGGCUAUGACCUCGGCAAGCAAAUCGUCACGUCCAUCUCGCCCGCCUCCCCCCACGGCCUCUCCAUUGCCCAGACCUCGGCCGCCGGCUUCCUGUCUGCCAUCCCCAUGACGGCCAUCACCGCCCCCUUUGAGCGCGUCAAGAUCAUCCUCCAGGUCCAGGGCCAGAAGCCGCGCGCCCCCGGCGAGAAACCAAAGUACAGCGGCGGCCUCGACGUCGUCCGCCAGCUCUACCGCGAAGGCGGCCUGCGCAGCGUCUUCCGCGGCAGCGCCGCCACUCUGGCCCGCGACGGGCCCGGCUCCGCCGCCUACUUCGCCGCCUACGAGUACAUCAAGCUCUCCAUGAGCCCCAAGGACAAGGCCACCGGCCUCCCCACCGGCGAGCUCAGCCUCACCGCAAUCACCUGUGCCGGCGCCGCAGCCGGCGUCGCCAUGUGGAUCCCCGUCUUCCCCGUCGACACGGUCAAGUCGCGCCUGCAAACGGCCGAGGGCAACGUCACGCUCGGCGGCGUCAUCCGCGACCUCUACGGCAAGGGCGGUUUCAAGGCCUUCUUCCCGGGCUUCGGCCCCGCCCUCACGCGAGCCGUGCCCGCAAACGCAGCCACCUUCCUCGGCGUCGAGCUGGCGCAUCAGGCCAUGACCAAGGCAUUUGGUCCUGCCUAG